UUUCCUCUCUCUGACGGCAAUAAAGAUAUAUUUUAAAAAAUUAGUAAGUGUGGAACAUUAUGCUCAGGAUCCUUAUUGGCAGCUCUGCAGCUGCGCUGAUAAUCAAGGCCGCUUUGGGGAUGCUCUAUUCUUACUGAUAUAAUUUCAAAGAACAAAGUUUCUGAUAGUCUAUGAUUUCCGAGAACAAUGUUUUUCAGUAAGAAAACAAGCAUUCAAAGAGAGCCGUUACAUUUUACAGUUGCAGCUUAUCCUUGAGAGGAAUAUUGUUUCUGUUAUCCGCAGAUUUUUACUCUGAGCUAGUUUUUACCAUCACCAAACCUCAAUGUGAGGAAAUAAAAAUGACGCCCUACCUCCACCUUUCCAAAACAGAGACCUGUUUUGAGAUCGUCGGUUUCAUUUUCCCCGUCUUUCUUCGUUUUGUGUCUUUUAUAGUGGAGUUUGAAGCCAUGGCCCACAGUAGUGGUUUGAAUCGUGUCUGAAGUGGACUCUUGUACAGAAAAAAACAUGCCAGGAUGCUUUGGAGCAGGGAGACGGACUAGGGCUGGCUCGACCCGGCAUCGCGGUCCAGUUAGGAUGAGAUCCACUCCAAGUGAAAACUGAACCCGCGUUGGUCCGGGUCCCGCUGGGCGCGCUCCGGUGACGUAAAGGCUGCGCCGGAAGUGCGGCUGUCGGCUGCCAGGCUCCGGGAUGGCCGCGGCAGGGGCUCGCUGGAACCAUGUGUGGGUCGGCUCCGAGACUGGGAUCCUGAAAGGAGUGAACCUUCAGCGGAAACAGGCGGCGAACUUCACGGCGGCGGGACAGCCGCGGCGCGAGGAGGCGGUGAGCGCCCUGUGCUGGGGCGCGGGCGGUGAGACACAGAUCCUGGUGGGCUGUGCCGACAGGACAGUGAGGUACUUCAGCACCGAGGAGGGCAGAUUCCAGGGCCAGAGCCACUGCCCCGGCGGGGAGGGCGUGUUCCGAGGUCUCGCCCAGGUCGACGGCACCCUUAUCACAUGUGUGGAUUCUGGGAUUCUCCGAGUCUGGCGUGACAAUGACAAGGAGACAUCCUCUGACCCACUCCUGGAACUGAGGGUGGGUCCUGGGGUGUGUAGGAUGCGCCAAGACCCAGUGCACCCCCAUGUAGUUGCCACAGGUGGGAAGGAGAAUGCUUUGAAGGUGUGGGACCUGCAGGGCUCUGAGGAGCCUGUGUUCAGAGCCAAGAACGUACGGAAUGACUGGCUGGACCUGCGAGUUCCCAUCUGGGACCAGGACAUACAGUUCCUCCCUGAGUCACAGAAACUUGUCACCUGUACAGGGUACCACCAGGUCCGUGUCUAUGAUCCAGCCUCCCCCCAGCGCCGGCCAGUACUAGAGACCACCUAUGGAGAGUACCCACUGACAGCUAUGACUCUCACUCCGGGGGGCAAUUCGGUGAUUGUGGGGAACACUCAUGGGCAGCUGGCAGAAAUUGACCUUCGGCAAGGGCGUCUACUGGGCUGUCUGAAGGGGCUGGCCGGCAGUGUCCGAGGGUUGCAGUGCCACCCUUCAAAGCCUCUACUAGCUUCCUGUGGCUUGGACAGAAUCUUGAGGGUACAUAGGAUCCGGAAUCCACGGGGCCUGGAGCAUAAGACCCCUCAUCUCUUGCAGGUUUAUCUCAAGUCUCAACUGAACUGCCUUCUUCUGUCAGGCAGGGAUAACUGGGAGGAUGAGCCGCAAGAGCCUCAAGAGCCCAAUAAGUCGUCCCCAGAAGACACAGAGGUAGAUGAACUUUGGGCCUCUUUGGAGGCAGCUGCCAAGCGGAAGCUCCCGGAUUUGGAGCAGACCCCAGGGGCUUUCCAAACCAGACGGAGAAAGAAGAAGCGGCCUGGCUCUACCAGCCCCUGAAGGGCCUGAGCUCACUUUGUAAAUAAACAGCUGACACCCAUCA